AUGAAUCUCGAACACGGUAGAGAUUACUUUAUUCCUGUCAUGGCGCAGUAUUAUCCCAGGGUUUUCGGCGUAUCCUUGGAACAUUUGCUGACGAAGAAAAAAGACACGGUUGUUGGAAACUUGAUUGACUUCGUUUAUCGCCUGGUGUGUGCACUGCAGCUUCUUGCCCCGAAAAUGGAUCUGAACGACGUUGCCAAUAAUUCCACUUUCAUCAUCGUGAGGAACGCAUUGGAGCAUGAUUUCCCGAAAGAUCUAACGGAACUGCAAGUGCCUCCAGUGGCUUUAUACAGCGCUUUGAUGAGGUUGAUCGAUACGCUGAAAGAACCUUUGAUACCGGCCAGUCAACUUCGUGAGAUACGGGUAGCCAGUAAUGAUCCGACAGCUUUAUGGAAAAUUAUUUCUUCACUGCCACCUGUGAAUGCCUCACUUCUUGAGUAUAUCCUUGAUUACCUCCGAGAGCUGAUAGCCCAGUUCCCAUCGGCAGCGACUGAUCAGCUGGUUGCAUGGGCCGAUGUGCUGUUCCGCGGCGGUGCCUUGCUGACCACCGUACCGCAUCUGGAACCGCGAGUGGUAGCACUGCGCAGCUUGUGUGCCUAUAGAAAGGAUGUUGCCAUAUUCGGCAUUUCAUAG